AGAUGCAAAGAGCUGCAUCGUCAUAGAUGCUCGACCGUGGAUAUAUACAUGUCACCUUACCAACACAGGCAGAUAGUCGUCAUUUACGGAGAGACACAAAUUACUCCACCAGCUAAUAUAGCUCCAACGUAGACACGACAAGUUAUACGGACUUACAGGCUCCGGCCGUGUAUAUGGCAUCGUCGUCGCCGCUGCCGAGAUGGGCUCCGACGCCGAGCCCCAGCAGGCCUCUCUGGCUGACGACUGCUCCCAGCACCGACGCCGCCACGGUUGAUCCAUGCUGCGGCGGAUGCCUUUCCGCCUCCGUCUUCUUCGCGCCACUGCCCGUCGGCGGAUCACCGGAGAAUAAUGCUGUAGCAGCUACCGUCGUCGAUGGCGUCGACACCAACAAGCCCUCCUGCCCUGCGGUGUUCCUGACGUGGGAGGACUUAUCCGUGACUGCCGUUAACGGAGGAUCAUCAUCAGAUAAGGGGCGCGAUGCCUUGAUCCUGGAUGGGCUUAGCGGGCAGGCGCGCCCCGGCGAGCUGCUGGCUCUCAUGGGACCUUCCGGCUCUGGCAAAACUACCCUGCUUGACGCCUUGGCUGGGCGACUCGGACCCAACAUGGAAAGGAGAGGAGACAUUCUAAUCAACGGUGUCCGAGACAAGCUUGCAUUCGGGACCUCCGCCUAUGUGACGCAAGAGAACGUGCUGAUGGCGACAAUGACAGUGGCCGAGGCCGUGCACUACUCUGCUCAGCUCCAGCUGCCGGACUCCAUGUCGCCGGCGGAGAAGCAGGCGCGAGCCGAAGAUGCUAUCCAGAACAUGGGGCUCGCCGGCGUGGCCGGAACACGGAUCGGUGGCCGGGUGUGCAAGGGCAUCAGCGGCGGCCAGCGGAAGCGGGUCAGCAUAUGCAUGGAGCUGCUGUCGUCGCCAGUUCUUGUCUUCCUCGACGAGCCCACCAGCGGGCUCGACAGCGCCGCCUCGUACCACGUCAUGAGCCGCAUUGCCAGGAUCGCCGAACGGAACAGGAUGACGGUCGUCGCCGCCGUGCAUCAGCCGAGCACGGAGGUGUUCGAGCUCUUCCAUGGCCUCUGCCUCCUGGCCAAGGGCAGGACGGUCUAUUUCGGACCUGCUUCGAAAGCAAUCGAGUUCUUCGAUGAUAAUGGCUUCCCAUGCCCGUUGAGGAUGAAUCCCUCUGACCACUUCUUAAGGAUGAUAAACACAGACUUUGAGGAAUCCGAGGAAGGAUCUACAAUAAAUUUGCCACAUGCUGCCCAAGUAAUCCAGAUUUUAAUCAGUUCUUCCAGCUCUCUUGGUACUUUAAAAACCAAAAUGGAAACAACAAAAACACUUACACAGAGUGCUUCUGUAAAGAAGAAAAAGCAAGCUUCGUUCUUGACCAAAUCAGUUAUCCUAACAAAAAGGUCAUUCAUUAACAUGCACAGAGACUUGGGAUAUUAUUGGUUGCGAUUUGCUAUCUACAUCGCCCUCUGUCUAUCCAUUGGGACCAUUUACUUCAAUGUUGGUCACAGUUAUGCAUCAAUCCAAGCACGGGCAUCCAUGCUUAUGUUCACAUCAACCUUCUUGACAAUGAUGGCAAUAGGAGGAUUCCCAUCGUUUGUCGAGGAUAUGAAGAUAUUUGAGAAAGAGCGGCUCAGUGGACACUACGGAGCUACUGAAUUUGUAAUAGCCAACACAGUCUCAUCAAUUCCAUACUUGGCCCUCAUCUCAAUAUUACCUGCUGCAGUGGCCUAUUACCUAACAGGGCUUCAGAGAGGAAUAGACCACUUUCUCUACUUUGCCGCAACCCUUUGGGCAAGCACGAUGUUGGUCGAGGGUCUAAUGAUGAUUGUUGCAGCGAUUGUGCCUGAUUUUCUCCUGGGUAUCAUCACAGGAUCUGGAAUACAAGGAUUAUUGAUGCUAAAUGCUGGUUUCUUUAGGCUUCCAGCUGACCUCCCAAAGCCAGUAUGGAAGUACCCAACUUAUUUUAUAUCCUAUCACAAGUAUGCGUCUCAAGGGCUGUACAAGAAUGAAUUCAUAGGUAUGGUGUUUCAAGAUUAUGAUGGUGCUGGAGGGCUCAACAUUACUGGCCAGUAUAUCUUGAAGAACAACUUACAAGUUGAGUUGGGUUACUCUAAGUGGGUGGAUCUUGCGAUAUUAGUUGCAAUGAUCGUCAUCUAUAGGGUCCUUUUUCUGGUUAUUAUAAAGGUAUCUGAGAUUGCAAAACCCAUGAUAAAAUGUCUAAUAGUUAAAGUGUAAUGGUAUAUCUUAUUUUCUGUAAAGUAUAAGGACGUGAUUGUGUUUAUGUAGCAGGAUUGAAUAUUGACAAGUAAUCUUCUUAUAUGGAAGAGUUUAGUGAUGUGUCCCUAA